UCAGUUUUAACUGUGCGAUUUAACUGUACAGUCCAACUGUACAAAUAAAUCGUAAGUCCAUACAGCCUACACACCUUCAAGCAAAAACGCGCGACCUUUCAGUUUUUAUCAAUAUGGCCUCCAGAGACGACGCUUUAGCGAUCGUAGGGCUAAUGUGUGUGUUAAAAGAAAAUAGAAGAAAACGAUACAAACGCGAAUUGUGGUGUAAACACUGGCUUCUGUUGAGAAAAUCAUAUUCACACACCUCCUUGAUAAAUGAAUUGAAAAUUACUCCAAAAGAUUACAAUAAUUAUUUGAGAAUGAAUGAGUAUUUGCACCUUCUGUCUUUAGUGACACCAUUAAUAAAAAAGCAAGACACCAUAUUGAGAAAUGCUAUAACACCUCAUGAAAGAUUAACGGCAACUUUAAGAUUUUUAGCUACAGGGAGAUCUUAUGAAUGUUUAAAAUUUUCUACAAUAAUAUCGCCACAAGCACUUUCCGCCAUCAUACCAGAAACCUGUGAAGCAAUUUAUAAGGUUUUACACAAGGACUACUUAAAGUUUCCACGAACAUGCAAUGAAUGGAAAGCAAUUAGUGCGUUAUUUGAAGAAAGGUGGAACUUUCCACAUCUACUUGGAGCAAUAGAUGGAAAACAUAUUGCUAUUAUUCCACCUAAAGGAUGUGGAUCGGAAUUUUAAAACUAUAAAAAACACCACAGCAUGGUACUUAUGGCUGUUGUUGACGCUCAAUAUCAGUUUUUACUAUGUGAUUUCGGUACGAACGGGCGAGUUUCAGAUGGAGG